CACACGCUCUACGAAAUAAAGCAAAUGGACGAGGAUAGAAAGCAACAUUUCUGAGCUUUUUUCUGCAUGCUAUCAUUAUUACCGCUAAAAAGCAUUUAGUUAACGUAGUCUAUGUGUUGAAAAUAUGUAUGAAGAAGGCGUGUCUUCAGAAUACACCGUUAUCACUCCGUUAAGAGAGGGAUGUGUGUAUACGGGCUGUUACUGUGAGGAAAAUAUUUGGAAAUUGUGUGAGUACGUCAAGGAUCAACAGACAUGUCCAGUGGAUGAGGUGUAUGCAGUCUUCAUAUCAAAUGAAAGAAGAACAAUCCCUAUUUGGAAGCAAAAAUCUAGUAGAGGAGAUGAACCAGUGAUCUGGGAUUACCAUGUUGUGUUGCUGCACUUGAAUAAACAAGGACAGGGCUUUAUAUAUGACUUGGAUACAACUCUCCCCUUCCCGUGUCCUUUUGACGUGUACUCAAGGGAAGCCUUUCGGUCCGAUCUGUUCUUAAAACCUGAAUUUAGAAGGAAAAUGCGAGUGAUACCAGCUGUCACCUACCUGCAGAAGUUUGCUUCUGAUAGGUCUCACAUGAAGCAUUCUAAUGGGACAUGGCGCAUGCCUCCACCCUCAUAUCCUUGCAUAGAAACGGCAGAGUCCAAGAUGAAUCUUGAUGACUUCAUCAGCAUGGACGCUAAUGUGGGCUGUGGUGAAGUUUAUAAACUUUCUGACUUUGUGCAACACUUUGGGGCGAAGUGACAUAUUAUCUAUGCAGAGUCUGCAAUGAAGUCAUGCUGAACCAGGACACAGAAUUGAGAGUUACAGGGAAAACUCCACCUGAUUCAGUGAACAGUGCACAAACAUGUCUGAUUCCACUGCUGCUAUCCUCUCUCAAAUGUUCAACAUAUCAGACAUUUCUCAUUCCUCAAUGACAAUAUUCACUACUCAGCGCACAUCAUUUGGUUAUUGCCAGAUGUUAAAUGUCCAGAUUUAUUUUUUUUAUGAUUAGUGGGUCCUAUGUACACAGCACUGUUGAUCUCUAGGCCUUUAUAUAACAAUUGUCUUUGCUACUGUUUUGAAAUUGCAUCUUUAAGGAGUCAUGUGAGCCUAAUAAUGCAUGUCUGAAACUGUCACAGCAGUGAAAAGAUCAGCAGAGAAUCAGUGAGAUCAACAUGUUCUUAGCAUUUACUGAUAAUUGAGUUCUUGUACAAAUGAGACGGGAGAUAGAUAUACAAAUAAUAAAAAUGCCGUUAUUCAGAGUUUGCCAACAACAAAUAACUAAAUAAACACUGCCUGUGUUUUUUA